AAUCAAUCAACCAAUCAGUCAAUCAAUCAAUCAAUCUCCAUCUCAAUCAAUCUCAAUCAAUCUCAAUCAAUCUCAAUCAAUCUCAGUCAAUUGACCAAUCAAUCAAUUGACCAAUCCAUCAAUCAGUUCAUCAAUUAAUCCAUCGAUCAAUCAGUUCAUCAAUCAAUCCAUCGAUCGAUCGUCAAAAUCAGUCAGUCAAUCGAUCAAUCAGUCAAUCAAUCAGUCAAUUAAUCAUUCUAUCAAUCAGUCAAUCCAUCAAUCAAUUAUUUAAUCAAUCAAUCAAUAGGAAACUGGACCGGUAAUCAUGGGAAAUCAGUGCAGUGGUGAUGGAGACCAGUCGGGUUGCUGUAUGAAAAAGCAAAGCACGACCUCGCCGCGGUCGCAGCGUUCGGUGGCAAAACCAAAGACGAUCUCGCCGCGACCGCAGCAGCGAGCGGGGAAGACAGUUUUAUCAUCUCCGCCAACACGGUUCGUGCCAUCGGACAAGUCGGACAAAUGUCGAUCUCCAUCGACGGCUUCGCAAGCCUCGUCGCAUCGGACGCCUCGGGACACAGGGAAAGGGGACAGGGGGGACAGAAACAAGUCUGCGGUGGCAGCCCAAGAUCGGUCCGGCUUGUCCUCGCCAGGAUCAUCAAACGCGUCGACGUUCCCCGACGGGGCACAAGCUGACGUCCCUCACGGAUCAAGAAUUAGACAAGAAGACGAUACUCCGGCAUCAACCAGUAGAGUGGCUACUGUCUCGACCACCUCUCCGAGGACGAUUAGGAGGAGGAAGACAGCUGCGGCAAAGGCUGUCUCUCCUGUUGUACCCACCGCCAUCGCUCCUAUCUCACCAUCUCUAAACCUAUCGCCAUCUCUAAACCUAUCGCCAUCUCAAUCUCCAUCCCGAUCCCGGUCGUCAUGUGCAGUGACGACACGCCAGGACGACGUAACACCUACAAGACAAAGACGUAACGAUCACGUCUCCCCAUCCAAAGAACGAGAAGGCCAGGGAAAGUCCAUCUCCUCGUCGGCAACACCGACGGGGAAAGGAAGUCGCAGAGCGCGCCAAUACGCUUCGAGAUUGUCCGAAGGCCCGGUUAUCGGGAUAGACCUGGGGACGACGAACAGCUGUGUGGGCGUGUGGAACAACGGCCACGUGGAGAUCAUCCACAACGAUCACGGGCAAUUAACGACUCCGUCCUGCGUGGCAUUCACGGAGGACGGCGGCGUACUGGUAGGGGACACGGCGAAGAAUCAGGCGGCCAUUAACUCCGCCAACACCGUGUUUCAGGUGAAGAGAUGGGUCGGUCGUCGGUUCGACGAAGUGGACAGCGAGCAGCAGAACGAGGCGGUGGGUACGUUGCUCUGGCCUUACACGCUGGUAAGGCGGCCAGACGGCGGCGCGGGGUGCAUGAUCGAAGUGCAGCAGCAAGGCGAGAAGCGGUUGUACGCACCGGAAGAGAUCUCCUCGCUCAUUCUUAAGAAGAUGAAGGAGAUCGCCGAAGCCUAUUUAGACUGUCCGGUGACGCACGCGGUGGUCGCGGUUCCCGCCAAUUUCUCCCAAGUGCAGAAAUUCGUGACCAAGGAGGCGGCGCGCUUGGCGGGGCUCAACGUCAUCAGACUGAUAACGGAGCCAUCGGCGGCGGCGCUGGCGUACGCGAUGCGCACGGGCGCCUCCGCGUGGGAAGACGAGGCGGAGCGCGAGGUCAACGUGGACAUCGACGAGGAAGGCCGGGGAUCGCCCACCGCCGCCGCCGUCGCCGCCCUCAGCGGCGCGGCGGCAGCGGCCACCAACGGCAAUCACCUCGACCACGCGGGCCCGCCAAAAACGGUCAUGGUCGUUGACUGGGGAGGCGGGACGCUGGACGUGUCCAUCAUGAGAGUGGGGAGGCGGCAGUUCUCGGUCAUCGGCGUGGCGGGGGACACCAGUCUCGGUGGGCACGACAUCGACGACGCCAUGGUCCUCUAUUUCGCGGAGGAAUUUGAGCGCCAGUUUCCGGGACUGCACGUGCGGAACAAUCCCCGCGCGAUCCGGCGGAUCCGCAGCAGAUGCGAGAAGAUCAAGCACGCUUUGUCGUUUAGCAAAAACGCCUCCCUGGUCGUGGACGCAGUUUGCGCCGACGCGGAUUUCAAAAUGGAGAUGUCCCGCGCCACGUUGGAAGAGCUCUGCGAUCCCAUUUUCAAAAACGUGGUCAAGGUCGUCGAGAGGGCGCUGGCAGGCGCGGAAACCGACAAAUCGGAAAUCACGAAGGUGAUUUUGGCGGGAGGAUCGAUGCGAAUGCCCAAAAUUCAAAAAAUGCUGGCCGACGUUUUCGGCGAAGACGUUCUCUGUAAGGUCAUUCAUCCCGAUGAAUGUGUCGCCUAUGGCGCCACCAUACAGGCGGCGCUGAUAACCGGCCAGGUGCAGAUGGAUGUGAUGGAUCUGGCCGUGGUGGAGGUGGUCCCGGUGACUCUCGGGUUCGGCUCCGAGCAGGGAGAGUUUCAUCGCGCCAUCGAGCGGAACACUCCCUACCCGACACGUGUCGUGCAGGAUUUCUGGGAGUCGGCUUAUGGCGACACGUUGGCAUUCGUGUGGGUGUACGAGGGAGAGCGCGCCAAGUCGGACGAGAACAAUUUGUUAGGGAAGGUCGUCCUAGAGGGGCUUCAGCCGGGCCCACCUGGCAGCGGCAUGGAAAAAAUACCCUUGGAAGCGAUCCUGGAGAUCGACGAGGACGGGAUUCUAACGGCUACCUUGAGGGACACAACGACCGGGCGAUCGGCGUCCAAGUCUUUUGGCGGGAACUGGGGUCGUCUCAAUGCGGCGCAGGCGCGGAGUGCCGUCAAGGUGGCUUCUAAGAUGGCUGAACAAGAUCAGGCUGACGUGGAUAAAUCGAAGGCCAGGUGGGAAUUGAUCGAUUGCAUCCGACGAUUGGAGGGGCGAAUCAGACUGGUCGUGGACGACAAGGAGAGGGAGAGGAUGACCCUGGUCUUGCAUAAUGCCCACGCAUGGUGGGAGCAGAACAAGAACCACCUCCUCGAUGUGCAGGAGUACGAAGAUCGGAAGCACCCCCUCGAAAAAGCUUUCGGUCACAUUUCCUGAUUAGUUCGGUAAUACAACUGCUGCUUCGCAAUC